ACUGCGAAAGACUCCUAACAACCGAGUUUAAGAAUAUUUUGAUUGAUCGGAAUUCAUCUGAUUUAAGAAUAUUUAGUGAUUAUAUAAAUUCUAAAUUAUCUAAAAGGAAAUAAAUUUUUUUUUUUUUUUUGAUUGAGCUUUUGGAUUGGAUUCGACGGUUUAAGAUAUUUUUUUUUUUUGAAAUUAAUAAAAUCUUGUUACUACUUAGGUCAAAAGGUCACUCACCCCACCUUGAAUCUGAGAGAGAGUAAAGUCAGAGAAAAAAGUUUGGUAACUUUUACUUCCGACCUGAAAGUCCCCACUCCCCACACCUUGACAUGGUCAUGGAUCCCAAGAAGAAUCCAACUCUACCAAGUUUCUUAAACCCAUCACCACAAAAUCUGGACAACGACAAGAAGAGGAAACAAACAGAGGUUAAAGGUUUCGACAUUGUGGUCAGGGAGAAAGAAGAGGAAGAACAGAUUCAGCUUCUUGAUGAGAAGAAGAAGAAACCAAACAGAGAUCGACACCGUAAAGUCGAAGGAAGAGGUCGAAGAGUUAGGUUACCUCCACUUUGUGCAGCGAGGAUUUAUCAAUUGACUAAAGAAUUAGGUCACAAAUCAGAUGGUGAGACUCUUGAAUGGUUACUUCAACAAGCUGAGCCAUCUAUAAUCUCUGCUACUGGAAAUGGAAUCAAACCCAUUGGAACCACCACCACUGAUUCUGUUUCUCAACCUUCUCUCACGGCGGAUUUGAUGGUUAGGCAUAACUUUGAAGGAGCUUCAAGGACUCAAAUGGCGGCAAAUGAAACAGAGCAAACCACUGGAGGGUUUGAUUUGAAUUACGGAAUUGGGUUUGGUUUCAAUGGUGUUUCAGAGAUUGGUUUUGGAAAUAAUCAAACGCCUGGACUUGAAUUAGGGUUGUCUCAAGUUGCGGUUUUGAAUCCACAGGUUUAUCAACAAAUGGGUCAAGAACAGUCUAGGGUUCUUCAUCAUCAUCAUUCUUAUGAAGAUCAGCAACAGAGUGCAGAGAAAAAUGGUUCUUAAAGCUCAAACCUUUAAUGGCUUUUACUUAUAUUUUGCAUAUAGAUAUUUAGUGAGAAUGUGAUUGCUGAAAUCUCAAAGUUGAUAGCUUUUAAGGAAAUGCGUUUUGUGGCACAAUGUGCUUAUUCAUUGCUUAUUUUACUUAGAUCAGCAAGAGAACAUUGGUUCUCAAAGGUCAAACCUUUAAUGGCUUUUACUUAGAUUGUGCAGAUAUAUAGUGAGAGAAUAAAAUAUGGUUUUGCUGAAAUCUUAAUGUGCUCAUUCAUAGUUUCUUUUGCUCAAACUCUCUUUGAUCAAUGGCUUUGAUGUAAUUAGGCUAUAUAGUUACUAAGUAAGUUAUGCUAUGUAAACUUCACUGAAAUAAGGCUUUUAUGUUAUGCUCUGUAAACUGCACUGAAAUAAGGCUUUUAUGCAUCAUUAAGCACUCUGAUGAUUGAGUUUUGUUGUA